UGCAUUAUCAUCAAGAUAUUGGAAGUUUGACGGGACUGUUUUCUGCUCUCGGUCCAAAGGCGAUGGUGCUCAGCGAGAACUCGUCCAAGGAAGAGAGUGAGUCGGAGACCCCUCAGGUGGAGGAGGUACAGGAGGCGAGUUCAGAAGAUGCCUCCCGCUAUCAACUCGGAGGUGUCAGCAGCAAGCCCCCCAACAGACCCCGCAACUCCUACAGUAGAGGUAGUGUCGACCCCAAAAUAGUUACUCGAUUACAUACCAAUAAUCGUGUAAAAGAGGAUAAAAUUGAAAUCUGCCAAGUUAUAGUACCUUCUGACAAAGCAUCUGUCGAAUCAUUUGAAGAGUUUUCUGAUGAUACACUAAGCGAUGGAGGACUGGAUAUGGAUUUGGAAGAUGUUUCGAAAAUCUAUGAUCACACAGGGAAGACCAAGUAUAAACAGGCAUGUGAAACAUAUGGUGUGGUGCCAAUCUCCUACUUCCUGCGCAAUAUGAAUGGUACAGAACUAGUUAUGAUGCAUUAUGGGCUUGGACCUCAGGGUGCCAAGGCAAUUUCUGUUUCUCUGAUAACCAACACAUCUGUUGUAAAGUUGAAUCUGAAGGAUAACUGGCUGGAGGCAGAAGGUGCCAGAGCUAUUGCAGAAAUGCUGAAGGAUAACUGCUACAUUACAGAUGUUGAUUUGUCGGACAACCAAUUGGGAGUUGAAGGGGCCAGAGCAAUUGCCUCCAUGCUCAUGGAAAAUUUAACACUGACAACAGCUAUCCUUUCCGGGAAUUAUUUUGAUGAUCAUGCUGCUGUGUUCCUGGCUGAGGCUAUAAGCAGCUCACACAAGUUGAAAUUCUUGGAUCUGAGCCACAACAAAAUUGGCAAUACCUUAGGUGAAGACCUUGGAAAUGCAAUAGCAGAAAACACUGGGAUAAUAGACUUGGACCUAAGCUGGAAUUAUCUACGUGGCAAGGCAUGUAUAGCCGUAGCAGAAGGCCUCAGCGAUAAUAUUUAUUUGAAAGUACUGGAUUUGUCCUAUAAUGGAUUUGGGAAUGAUGGAGCAAAAGCACUCGGUGCUGCUCUUAAAGUUAAUAAUGUGCUUGAACAACUGAAUAUCAGUAAUAAUCGUAUUUCUCCAGAAGGAGCAGUGUGGUUAUCUGUUGGACUGAGAAGCAAUACCACACUUACUGUGCUUAAUAUGGCCCGGAAUCCCAUGCAGAGUGCUGGAUGCUACGGGAUAUUGAAAGCCUUAAAAGAAAAUCCCAAAAGUGCCAUAGAAUCAUUGGAUUUCUCUGAUAUCAGAGUUAAUAAGGACUUUGAGGACUUGUUCAAUGAUGUGAAACAACAAAUACCAAAUCUUCAAGUGAAACAUGAGAAGAAUGCAGAUCAGUUUAGAAGACCAAGAUCCAAGGCCGAUCCUCUUACUAAACUGAAAGAAUUCAUGAAGCAGCACCACCUGCAGUUGGAGCAUUUCUUAGACAACUUUGAUAAAACUGAGAGCCAAUAUAUCAACUUAAAGGAUUUCCAGGAGGGACUGAAGAAUGCUAGAGUCCCUUUAAAUGAGGUUGAACAGCAAAAGCUGAUAGAUUUACUGGACAAAGAAAAGGAUGGUGAGAUUGAUUUCAGUGAAUUGAACAAUUUGCUACUAAGCAACUAAUCUCAGUGCAAGCAAAGCCUGUCUUAAUGAGAUGGUGUAGCCUCAUAACCAGAGGAAUCUUAAGAAUUCACCUGCAUGGACAUAAAAGGAAAUGUGUGUUUUAAGCAUUAGCCCUGCAUCAUCACUUUCUCACUCCUAGAGCUGACACUAUUAUUUUUCUUUGCCAUGACUUCUUCUUUUCUACAGUCAAAUAGUCAAAAAGAAAAAAAAGCCCUUCAGUGGCGUAAGUGCUUACAUUCAUUUUAAGUAUAUACUGAGUUUUUAUUUUCCCUGAAAGGAAAAGUUUCAUCUUGCAGCUUCUCCACCAACCUGUUUCCCUUAACAAUGUAAUUGACAUUAACAAACCUUAACAAGGUAAUUGAUAAGAUAUUGAACACACUCCACCACUUUGGCAGAGUUUGCUGCUCUCAACUGUAGCAAUAUUUGGGGCACUGUAACUGACUCAACGCCCCUGGGCUGAGGAUUCUGCUCCCGACUAUAACUAUUGGCUCUUGCGGGAGAAUGCACUUGUUUGGCUCUUGCAGAGGUAGGAAUAAGUUCGGACUUAAUUGAUGCUUCCCAUACUCGAACGGCCUCGCCCUUGAAGACUUAUAAAAGGUAUCAGAUAGCUCCUGCCACCUAUCGGACUGUUUCCCACCAAGAGUGCCUUCAGAAAGAAAGGUCGGAAAAUGAAAUUUACCUUCCCCUAAUUGAAAUGGUUGGGAAUGCAUUUUUCUAUCAAUAUGUUCUGCUGUGUCUGUAAAAUAUCUGUUUCAGAUGAUUUAUUACAGCCAGUACAGAUUUAAAAAUGAAAUCGUAUGAACUGGAGACGCAACAGUUGGAGUCGAGGGACAAUGCUAUCACUGUCGGGGAAAUUAUUUAUCCAAGAGCCUCAUGUGUAAUACCUUCAAUAAAGUUAACAAUUUUA